UCCCCCGUCCAACCCUUGUUUGCCCGUACAUAUUGGAGUUCGGCCUGCCCCCUAUAGCAGGUCCAGUUUAAGUGGUCGAUCGUUAUUUUGUUUUCUUUACUUCACUUACAUCCUCAUCCUCGAUAUUCAUGACUGGGAGGGACAAAAUGGAACACUAUCGCUGUUUCUAGAGACAUGAGAGAUACGGACGGACGGACUACCGACAGAACUCGACCUCCCCUUCACGAAUUGAACGGAGGACUCGAGGAACACACUGGUGGGCUACCUUUAGAAAAGAGGAAGUUGCCGUAUGGAAAGACGCACACUCCCUAUAGUAAUGAAUAUAACCACCGACUUGCCUUGCUGUAUAUACGUUGCAUGAAUCGUAGCUACAUGUCUCAGGGGUUGGGUUGGUUGAGUGUGAGACUUGGUGUGCCCGCGAUAUGGUACAUACCUUACCCACCACGUAUGUAGAACUGCUUUGGCUAUCGGGAAUAAUCACUGACUGCUUCAGUAUAUCCC